AUGCGAAAGUUUGGGAGCAGUAUUCUACUUCCUCUUGAUUCAGAAAUUGAGCGUACUUGUCGAAGAAAUAGAAAGGAGAAGAGAGAAACUGUCAUUCAGUCACAAGAAAUUAUGGCUGAUCCUGAAGGGGCAAUAAAUGAGAACAACAACAACAUACCACUGAAUAAUCCGCAGAUGCGCAUCGAGAUCAAUAAUUUUGCUCAAUAUGAAGGAGGAGCUUUAAUGAAGAAAACUGAAGAUGAAGCAUAUGAGUUGCUAGAAGAUAUGGCAACUAAUAAUUACCAGUGGCCUAGUGAAAGAAGCAUACCAAAGAAGAUAGCCGGACUACAUGAGAUUGAUGCUAUCACUAAUCUGACUGCCCAAAUUGCCUCCCUUUCCAAACAAUUGCAGAAAACUCAAUUGACAGCCAAUGCCAUCCAAAUAUCCUCUCCAGUGUGUGAAUUUUGCAACGGACCUCACCAAAGUUAUGAAUGUCAAGUUGACAAUCCUUUUGCACAGAAUCAAUCGGCUCAGAUCAUAAGCUUAGAUGUGCAAAUCAGUCAAAUGGCUAAUAUGUUUUCUGAGAGGCAACAGGGAAAUUUGCCUAGCACUUCUGAAGUGAAUCCAAAAAGAGAUGGAAAAGAGUAUUGCAAAGCAGUUACCUUGAGAAGUGGUAAAGAAUUAGAAGCUCCUGUGAGAAUUGAAAAGCCUGACAAAGAUGAGCAAAGGGGAAAUUUGCCUAGCACUUCUGAAGUGAAUCCAAAAAGAGAUGGAAAUGAGUAUUGCAAAGCAGUUACCUUGAGAAGUGGGAAAGAAUUAGAAGCUCCUGUGAGAAUUGAAAAGCCUGACAAAGAUGAGCAAAGGAAACUCCACGUCAAUAUCCCAUUUGCUGAAGCUCUAGAACAAAUGCCGAGCUAUGUGAAGUUUAUGAAAGACAUCUUGUCAAACAAGAAGAAACUUGAGGACUAUGAAAAAGUUACACUUACUGAAGAGUUUGGGAAUGCUGUGUUCGAGAAGGAAUUAUGUGACUUAGGUGCAAGCAUUAACUUAAUGCCUUUAUCUAUCUUCCAAAAGCUGGGUUUAGGUGAAGCAAGACCUACCAUAGUGACACUACAAUUGGCGGAUCGCUCUAUCAAGCACCCUAGAGGAGUAAUUGAGGAUGUGCUCGUCAAAGUUGACAAGUUUAUCUUCCCUGCAGAUUUCAUAGUUCUUGACAUGGAGGAAGAUAAAGAAAUACCUAUCAUACUUGGAAGACCAUUCCUAGCGACAGGGAGAUCGCUUAUUAACGUUCAAAAGGGUGAACUACGCCUUCAGGUAUAA